AUGUCUCCAGGCGGACAGCUGUCGUCGUGCUCUGUGGCUUCGACUGCGGCCAGUGGGCUUCAAUUCUCGGGCGAAAAUGUUCUCAAGAAUGAUGACAAUGGAGAGAGCUUCCCAAAGCACAGCGCAUCAACGUCGCCACCGGAAUAUCAAGCUCAAUUCACUAAUCAUACUAGGGGCGCGAAAGCGAAAUUCACGCGGAUCCAAAUGUAUGUUGAUCCAGCUCCGGGGUAUCGCGAAAGCAAGCCUAGCCACGACUCAAGCCAAAGCAAAGUUGGUAAUGCUGGAAAUAACACCAGAAUGAAAAUUAUUGGGCAGAGUAUCGUUGACACAACUCCCCAGAUAUGUAGUGGUCAGCUACCGCAGAAGGGCAAGUGA